AUGCUUCCGCAGUCGGGCGCGUCUUCUGUCAUAACAUGCAGUAUCGCGUGUACCGUCAUUGUAGUGGUCAUCGUGACGCUGCGCUUGUACACGAGAAUUCUUCUCGUGAUGGGCAUGGGAUCCGAUGAUUAUUCGUUGAUAGUCAGCGUUGCAGCAUGGCUCGCCAUGAUGGUGCUUUUCACGAUCGGCCCCCAGUACGGCUUGGGCACACACAUGGACGACGUCGACCCCAACGAUCAGACCAUGUUCAUCCGCAUAAUGGUGGCGGGUGCUACACUGUACAACACGGUUAUGCUGGCCUGCAAGCUCUCCAUCCUGCUGCUAUACCGUCGACUCUUCCCCAUCGAGGACUUUAAUAAGCGCUGGUGGUGCAUCACCAUCUUCACCAUCAGCUAUUCGCUCGUUAUUGCCAUCGCAUCGGCUUUCGGUUGGACGCUCGUCAAUACGAAGUGGCAUGCCCAUGAAACAGGGGACAAAUCUCCUGCAAAAUGGGCAUUCUACGUUGCAAACACUGCCUUCAACCUCAUCAUCCGGCUGCAGUCAGUCAUCUUAUAUGCGAUGGAUGACGAUGGCGAUGUAACAUAUCAAUCGUCCAAGCUGGCGAUAUGGUCCCUCGUAGAGACGACGGUCAGCAUCGUCUGCGUCUGCGCGCCGACACUCCGCCCCUUCUUCCGCCGUCACUUCGGCUCCUUCUUCAGCUGGAGCAGCCGGUACGGCACAGGUUCCGGCUUCAACCUCAGCGGCGACGGGCCGCACCGCUACCCGCACACGACCAACAACGGCGACAUCGAAAGCAACAAUCGCUCGUCCCAGUUCAUCACCUACCACUCCUUCCUCCGCUCGACCCGCUCCCACAGCCGCCACAUGACGCAAUCGAGCAUCUCGUCGCCGCACCACCCCCACCACCACCACCAUCACGGUUCUUCGUCGUCGCCGGUCAUGGGCCAGUCGCUCGAGUUGGGCAACUCUGCGUCCGGGCAGAAAGUGGAACCGCAGGUCAUCGAAGUCAUUGUGGAUCACCGCGCGGGGUCGGACAGCGGCGGCGAGACGGCGUCGAUGCCGCCGUCGGCGGGCUACGUCGAGGACGACGCGCGGAGCACGGAUCGCAUCAUCAGCGACAUUGGCGGCAUCGGGUACGCUCAAGGGGUCAGCAGCAGCAGCGUCGUCGAAGCGACAAGGGCGAGUAGUGCGGACAUCGUGCGGCCGGGCAGGGAUGAUGAUGAUGACGAUAAUGAUGGGCAUCUCGGGAGCGGCGGCCAUGGGAGAGCGCCGGCACGAAAUACCAUGUCGGAUUUUGAUUUUGGAAUCCGCGUCGAGACGACCUAUGAAGUUAGGCAUGAACCGAAAUGA